GUUACUUCAGAGCUGGAUUUCAGCAGAAAACAUGAGAUUGAGGGCAGGUUUAUACGAGCGAAUAUCAAAUGUAGCCAGGACAAUGUGGUUAAUGGCAACUUUCUUUCAAGCGACGUCUCUUCAUGUGUGGCAUUGAAGAUAACGGGGAAUAUAACACGUAUGUAUGAUUAACCGUAGGUUGGAUGCCAACUCUCUCAGCGGGCUCAGUUGAAUUUAAUCCAAGCUUGAAUUUAAUCCAUGUUUGCCUGUUUUAGAAUGGCAGACGCACAUGAAGGUUAAUAGACGGUUUUAGACCCCGUUUACACGGUACCGGACGAAUUUGUGACCGGACGAAAAUUCGUCCGUUUCGGCCGUGUAAACACACGAGAACCACGGAACCGCACGAAUUUGAGACCCCCUAACAGGACGAAUUCGCGUGUAAACAGGCGAAAAAGGACGAAUUUUCGUCCGGUCCCAAAUUCGUCCGGUACCGUGUAAACGGGGUCUUAGAUAACAAGACGCAGAAGUCAAGAGGACGUGGAUGUCGUCAUUUGGCGCCAACUAUCGUCAGCUUCUGGUUUGCGACGUCGUCUUGGACUAUUUCACAACGCGAAAAUACAAUUUUCACGUCCUCUCUAGAACGUCACAGAUUUUUGCUUCUUUUGAAAAAAAUAUGAGACUAUGCAUAAUAAAAAUCAUCCUAUUUUGUUCCCCAUGUAUUGUUUAAUAAUACUAGCUAAAGUUUUUCCAUUGACAAGGUUGUUUUUCUUGUAUUCGCUAAAUUUUAGACGAGUUGAUUUUCGACAAAUACUUUCGGUCGCCAUAAACAAAUCAACAAAACUGCAAGCAUUGUUAAUAACCACUUCACCGCUAGUAAUCUUCACCAAAACAAAUAUUUUAGAACAAACUAAACUGAAGUUAUAUUAACAACUGUUUAAAAUCAGGAAAACGUGGGAAAAUAGAAAAAUAAAAGCACUUAAAAGCAGUAAAAACUCAAUCAAUUUUAGUUGCUCUGUCACAACAGUCAACAGUGCAAAAAGUAGGACAAGCAAAAAAACGCUUUCCAGCGUGAAAAACUAUCGUAAACAGUAUUAAAUUUUACCAAUAUAAACACUGAUGCUACAUUUAUACUGAACAGUUGACAAACUUGAUUGAAUAGGCUACAAUUAGCUCGCAAACAAUACCUGCAGCUGUUGUAUUUAUUCCAAAUGAUCAAGAAAGUUCACUUUUCAAAAUACCAAAAAAUAACUUUUUUCAAAAAAAAACUUAUUGAAUGUCCAUACCAAUUCAUCAGGAAACACUUGGCCAGUAUUAUAUAGCCUUUUCUUGCACAUAUCUUGACAACUGAUUGAAAACAAUACAGGAAUGAACAGGUAACAAGAAAACAAAAAUUUGCUUCGAAAAAGACAAACAAGCCGUCCCAGAUUAAAACCCGGAAGUGAACGUGAGGUGCAUACGUCAUUUUCACGUCCUUUUGACGUCCGCGUCUUGUUAUCUAAAACCGUCUAAUAUAUCCCCAUGUUUCGUACACGCGAAUAUAUUUCUCUUUGAUCUUGAGCGCAGUAAAAAACCUGACUUUAACCCUAUAUUCUGCGCAAAACAGGAAGUAGUAACCAGUUACCACAUGAAAACGAGGCCACUGGGUCAAGAAUGCAAUAAACACUUAAACAGUGCCGAAACAGAUCUGGGAAAAUGUAGGAUCUCGGGAGCUUGAGAAACAUUCGCAUGGCUUAAAGCUGCCAGUAAUACGAGCAACAAAAUUGCUGCAACUUGUAACAAAAUCUGAUUUCAACGCAUGUUAAGUAGAAAUGUAGCCCGCGUGCAGGCCCAAGGGAACUGAUAGUGGGCCUGCAAGCAAUGCCCGGUAUUUUGUACUUUCCGCGUUCGCCCACGAACGCGGCAUUCUGAUUGGCUGUUUGCUGUUGGAUUCUAUAAUUAGGUCAGUGAUUCAUCACAAAGGCUCUCGAUAAGCUCAAAAUUCGAAAAUUGAUCACUUUUUUCGAUUAUAAAUGGAACAAGAACAGAUUGUUUAUUGUUUACUUGAAGGAAGAGAUGUUUUUGCCGUUAUGCCAAUGGGGAUUGCUUGUCGUGAGGUGUUGGAAUAGCAACAUUACGACUGGGGUAAACUAUAGUAACCUUUACUUGAGUUUCAUUAAUUUCAGACUUGAUACGUUAUAUGUUCCUCAAGAAAAUUAUCUUUUGGUUGAUGUUGAGAUGCAGUUGCAUGUAAGCCUAUUCGAAACACUUUGCGAUUUACAAGGCUUCGCUGAGAGAGCGAAACAGAAGACGGUAUUAAAUUGCCGUUUGAAACGAAACGAUCUGGACUCUGAACGCUCUCUUCUUUUGUAGAGUUCUUUACCAAAUGAAAUAACUGAAAUAAAUUUCGUACUUUCCGCCGCCAACAAGAAUUGCACACACGAUCUGAUAAGUGAGACAAUUUAUUUAUAACAAUGCCAAUGGCGACAGCGAAGCACACAUAAUAUAAAUGCUAAUGUGGUUGCACGACUUCCCUCACGAUUUGAAGUUUGAGACUGGUUUUCUGUUGAAAUUCGUCCUAAUUUGCCUGUUCCGAUUUUAGUUGAAAAUGAGCACUUGCAAAUUUGGCAAUUACUGACUGCGUUGCUUGCUUUUUUGGAGUUAAAACGCUGCCAUUUACACAUUGUUUAUGUUCUGAAUAAGCAGAGAAAACCCCGCAACAUUUUAAUGCGAGUUUGUUUGUUAAUAUUUGGGUGCUGUCAUUGGUUCUUUUUUGACAAUUGACGCGCGAAUGGGGCGUGUUAUGAAAAGGGGCGUUUUACAAAAUACCGGGCCUUGCUUGCAGGCCCACUAUCAGUUCCCUUGGGCCUGCACGCGGGCUGGUACAAAUGUUGACACAUGUUGCCUCGUGAUUUGUAAUGUAUGUAUAAACUUUGCAAUUAACAUGCGUAGAAAUCAGAUUUUGUUGCAAGUUGCAGCAGUUUUGUUGCUUGUAUUACUCCACCUUAAUUAAUGAAGAAGGUUGAUGAAUAUUUUCAAUUGCAAUUAUUCACACAUAUACCUAAUACGAGAAUCUUAACAUAAAUACAGUUCGACUGUCGUAUAUAUUAUAGAAUAUAGAAUAUAGUUUAUUGUUGCAUACACAAAUGGCAUAUGUAGUAUGCAAUCAAUUAAGUUUCCAUUGUUGUUAUACGUUCGAGGAACAUUUGAAAAUCGAGGAACGAUAUACACUUUUUGCAGGACUGACUGUGAGCACGAUAUUUUGUAAGACGUCAGUUAGUACAACUUCCAAAUUACUGCUUCGUCGUUAGUUAACUAGCUUCAAAGCUUAGUGAGAUUUCGGUCGAAAAAUACUGGAAAAUAUUACUAUUGUGACAUUGUCUAUACAGGGUGUAUCAAAAUAAACGCAAUUCAUCGUUUGUGCUUAAUAACUUUCGAAAUACUAUUUCCAGUUAAACGCUUUUAGGCUUACUUCAAAGCCUGUUCUUUUCUCUUUCAAACAAACUACUAUUCUUGUGUCCAAUGCUAGUAAUAAUUGCACAGGAAAAGAUUUAGUAAAACCUAUCAUUUUUAGUUGCUGUUUAAUUAUGCAAGUUUACUAUGUUAUUGUUUAGUCGGUUUAAAUGUUAGAAUUUUCUUCUUUAAACUGUAAUGUUGUCGUCAAUACAUCUGGAAAACCACGUAAGAACAAAUUCAAAGUAUUUUAAAAGAGACCAGGUUGUUUGAAAAUCCUAAACGAAUGCUAAAAAUCAUAGAAUCAAAACAUUCUGGUGUCUGAGCCAGAGUGUCAUCGAAUUACGAUGUAAUGUAAACAGAAAUUAUAGCAAGCUGAUGUCAGUCAGCUUAGAUGGUCCAAACCAAAAUUAUAUCGCAUUUGAAGUUUCAAACUGUGUUAAAAAAAUUGGAAGAAAAGCCGUAAUUAUACUUAUUGUUACAAUCCAUUUAUUAAAAUGCAACAUGUUUUUGUUUUAAUGAAAAAACCCAGUUAUUUUCAUGAGAACGAUUUGUUAUUCCAUCUCAAUUUUUCUAAUCUCCAAUCGCAAUAACGUAAAGUAUUAUUACCCGCGAACCAAUGAGUCCAAUUUAAGAAACAACCCACUGUUAGAAAGCUGAAUGGCUACGCUUUAAAAUGAAUGUAAACUUUAACGUUUUCGUCUAUUAUUUGUUUAGCAAUUUACAUUUCAGUCGAGGAUUGCGCUUUUUUUGAUACACCCUGUAGUAUUAUUUAUGUAUUAAUCAGUUUAUUAACCUGUUGAAAUUUAGAUCGUUACACGACGAACAUGACAACAGAGGAUCAUUUGCCUACGUCAAAGAUGGAUCGUUACACGACGAACAUGACAACAGAGGAUUAUUUGCCUACGUCAAAGAUGGAUCGUUACACGACGAACAUGACAACAGAGGAUCAUUUGCCUACGUCAAAGAUGGAAAAGAGUGUCAGUAUAUUCUCCAACAGACUGGUGUUAAUUGCUGUUAUUACAGGAGGUGUUUUACUUCAGUUAGUAGUUGUUGGAAUCGUGGUCUAUUGUUGUUAUGGGAGAAAGUACUUCAAAUCCAGAUCUCUCGUACAAUGUGAAAAUGCGGUGAGAUACAACUGUAAUGAUCCGGAAACGGUAGAACGUGUGUAG